UAAUAAUGUAUUGUUGCAACACUUGCGUAGAUGUUUAAAGUAAAGCUUAUAUUUAAAAAAAGGAAUUGCUUCAAACCGACUUUUAUUUUUGCGUGAAAUUCUUUGCCAGGUAGUCGCAGAUCGUUUACCAACCGUAUAUGCAUGGUUUACCGCCAUAAUACAGAAGUAUUGCAGGUGCAGACGCAAGAUCGCGCUGUGCAACGAAUCCUUUGCAAAUAGAUCCAGUUACAUUGCUGCAGACAGAUUGACCAACAUCAUCCGAUCAUUAUGCCUUAUUCCUCCAUAAGAGUUUCCAGACCUGUGUACGACUGUGCUGUAUAUUCCUAAUCGUAGGCCCCUAUAUCUAUACAUACUAUACAUUUACUGUUAGUAUAAGCUCUAUGCGCGUGUGAGACAGUGCAUACCAGGAGUUCAUAUUACCGAUACCGAUCGUACUUUUUCAUUCAAAUGCAAAUUUAUGUUAUGCAAACGUAAACAGAAUAUGAAUUGUGUUUACAAAUCAAUGUUAUUGGACGUUGACUGUGAAUAUUGAAAAAAAUAAUGAAAGAACUAAAUGAAACAUAAAUUAUUAUACAGUGAUUUAUAGAUUUUAUACUAUUGCAGCAUAAGAUUUUUUAACCAAAAGAUGACGAGUGAAAUUCAAAUCACUACCAUUGUUAAUGAUAUUUUAAAAGUGGAAGCUAUAGAAGAAGCUUUUAGCUGUGUUCUGGUACAUCACCCAAAUAGUGAAAGCGAAAAAAUAUCAACAUGGCAAACAGAAUUAUCAUCUGCUAUGUCAAAUUUAUCCAAAGAACAACAAGAGAACGCAGUAAGACAAUUUUUAUCUAUGGCAGCAGCUAUGACUAAUCAUAGGAGAUUGCAAUUAUUAUUGUCACUACUUGAAAACUUAGUUGCAUCUAGUGUUUUGCCAGCAAGACUUGUUUGUGAAUGUAUAUUAAAUUGUGAUAAACUUCAAUAUCAGUUAGAAGAUUUUUGGGUUGAAUGUUUUGUUCUUAUUCGACACAUUAUUGGAGGAGUUGAUUACAAGGGUGUCAGAGAAAUAAUGAAGGGAUGCAAAGAGAAAGCACAAACAAUUCCAUCGAGAUUAGAUGCAUCUAUUCAGCCUCAAUUGAAAGCUUUAGAAAAUGUAAUUGAAUAUAUUUUUGAUAGAAAUGCUUGUUUGUUGCCAGGAUAUUUUAUUGUAACUGAAAUUCAAAAGGCUUAUCCUGAUGGUAAAAACUGGCCACACUGGAAAUUAGCAAAAUUGCUUUCAAACUUUGUUGAAAGUUUUCGCAAUACUGCGCAAAUGGUAUCUAUAGUUGGGCAUUCAAAAAUGUUACCAGUAGUGGAACAUACUGGAUAUGCUGAUUUAAUCAAUCCUUGGGUACUUGAUACCACAACAUUAAAAUUUUCAUUAAAAGGAAAUUUGCCUUAUGAUGAGGAUUUACUCAAACCACAAACUGAAUUACUGAGAUAUGUAUUAGAACAACCUUAUAGUAGGGAUAUGGUGUGUUCGAUGCUUGGUUUACAAAAACAGCAAAAACAACGAUGUAUAGCUUUGGAAGAGCAAUUGGUAGAACUUGUAAUUCUUGCUAUGGAACGUGCAGAAAAUGAAACGUUACCGGCAGAAGGAACUGAUGGAACUGUUGCAAAUCAUUAUGUGUGGUUACAUCUCUCAUCACAGCUUAUAUACUUUGUACUUUUUUCGUACGCUUGUUUCCCGAGUAUCGUAAUGGCAAUACACGAUAAAUUAGCAGGAAGAGACUUAAGGAAAGGGAGAGAUCACUUAAUGUGGGUCUUGCUGCAAUUCAUUUCUGGAAGUAUUCAGAGAAACCCACUAUCAAACUUUUUACCAGUAUUAAAAUUAUACGACCUUCUAUAUCCAGAAAAGGAACCGUUACCGGUACCGGAUUAUACUCAAGCAUUAUGCACACAUCAAAUGGCUAUUACGUGUAUAUGGAUACAUUUGCUAAAAAAAGCUCAGUCAGAACACUCCAAUAUUCACAGACCAAUACCACACACAUUGAAACUUCACCAUGAAUUUUUACAACAUUUAGUUAUGCCUAACACUUCUCUUUGUAUGGGAUCUGAUUACCGCAUUGCUUUGCUAUGUAAUGCAUAUUCUACAAAUCAAGAGUAUUUUGGUAGACCAAUGGCAGCUUUAGUAGAUACUAUACUUGGUACUCAAAAAGGUCAGCAACAGCAGCCGAUGCAAACCUUACAAAAUAACGCAGCCCUCGCAAGUGGACCAACGACGCCAUUAUCGAUGUCAAUUUUGGAUUCAUUGACUGUUCACUCUAAAAUGAGCCUAAUACAUAGCAUCGUUACUCACGUUAUCAAAUCGGCACAAUCCAAAAGCAAUAUGGCAUUGGCACCAGCAUUGGUUGAAACUUAUAGUAGAUUACUAGUAUACACUGAGAUUGAAAGUCUUGGCAUCAAAGGUUUCAUCAGCCAAUUGCUUCCAACAGUUUUCAAGUCUCAUGCGUGGGGAACAUUAUAUACUCUUUUGGAAAUGUUUAGUUAUAGGAUGCAUCAUAUACAACCGCAUUACAGAGUGCAACUUUUGUCUCAUUUACAUAGCCUUGCAGCUGUGCCACAAACUAAUCAAACACAACUUCAUCUAUGUGUGGAAAGCACUGCUCUUCGUUUAAUUACUGGAUUGGGAUCAGCUGAAGUGCAACCGCAAUUAUCUCGAUUUUUAUCAGAACCUAAAACUCUUGUGUCAGCAGAAUCUGAGGAGUUGAAUAGAGCUUUAGUAUUAACGCUGGCACGUUCUAUGCACGUAACAGGAACUGGAUCAGACAGUCACAGUGGAACAUGGUGCAAGGAAUUGUUGAACACAAUUAUGCAGAAUACCCCACACUCGUGGGCUAAUCACACUCUUCAAUGUUUUCCUCCGGUGUUAAGCGAAUUUUUUCAGCAAAAUAGCGUACCAAAAGAAAACAAACAACAGAUUAAGAAAGCGGUGGAAGAAGAGUAUCGAAAUUGGGCUUCUAUGAGUAAUGAAAAUGAUAUAAUAGCACACUUUUCAGUACCUGGUACACCACCUCUAUUUUUAUGCCUUUUGUGGAAGAUUAUUUUCGAAACUGAUCGAAUUAGUCCGAUCGCAUAUAAAAUCUUAGAACGGAUUGGAGCCCGAGCUUUGUCGGCGCAUCUCCGAAAAUUCUGUGAUUAUCUCGUAUUUGAAUUUGCUAAUAGCGUGGGUGGACAACAUGUAAAUAAAUGUGUAGAUACAGUUAACGAUAUGAUAUGGAAAUACAACAUUGUAACUAUUGAUAGAUUAGUUCUUUGUCUGGUACUAAGGACUCACGAAGGCAGUGACGCGCAAGUAUGCUUUUUUAUAAUUCAAUUAUUGUUAUUAAAAGCUAUUGAAUUGAGAAACAGAACCCAAGAGUUCGUGAAAGAAAAUUCUCCGGAGCAUUGGAAACAAUCGAACUGGCAUGAAAAACAUCUUGCAUUUCAUAGAAAAUUCCCAGAGAAAUUUGCUCCAGAAGGUAUUAUGGAACAAACUAGCGGAGGACCUAGUCAAUAUCAAAGUUUGCCAGUUUAUUUUGGAAAUGUAUGCUUACGAUUUUUGCCUGUUUUCGAUAUCGUUGUACAUAGGUAUUUGGAAAUACCAGCUGUGUCGAAAAGUUUAGAAACAUUGCUAGAACAUUUAGGAUGCUUAUAUAAAUUCCAUGAUCGGCCUGUUACGUACCUUUAUAAUACUUUACAUUAUUAUGAACGUAAAUUAAGAGACAGACCAGGUAUGAAACGACGAUUAGUGACAGCUGUUUUUGGUUCCUUAAAAGAAAUUAGGGCACCAGGAUGGGCACUCUCAGAAGCUUAUCAAAUGUACAUGACUCGAUCUAUUGAUGAAGUUAUCGCAUGGAUGCCAGAAUUAGAUUAUUAUAUUCGCUUAGUACGAAGAAUUGUGGAAACAAUGUCAGGUACAGCUCAUUUUCCUGCUACUGAUUGGAGAUUUAAUGAAUUUCCCAAUCCUGCUGCACAUGCAUUGUAUGUCACAUGCGUCGAACUUAUGGCUGUCCCUGUUGCUGCAAAUAUAGUUGCCAAUUCAUUAUUAGAUGUAGUUGCAAAAGGGUACACAGUGAUACCGUCAGAUGAAAUUCAUUUAUGGAUAAAUUGUGUGGGAUUGUUAUUGGCUGCUUUACCAGAGUGUUAUUGGUCAGCCCUUCAUGACCGAUUAGUUGCAACUAUUAGCAGUCCAGGUCUAGCUAAUUGGAAUUACAGUAAUUUAACUCCAUUUCAAAUGUUUAAUUUUAAUAACACGCAUAAUAGUUUAUUAGAAAAUAAAUUCAGUUAUAUGCUGGCAUUGGCACAUUCUGUGUGGCAUCAUGCCGGUGUUGGACAAAUAACUACUAUGCCUCAAUUUAUUAAAGAGAAACUUCAACCAGUUGUAAAUAGCGAAGAACAAUUGAUAUAUGCGUGUCAUUUAAUUGGACCUACUUUAGCAAGAUUUAAUGCUGAAAGACCGAAUUGUGUCGUAGAAUUAACAGUUCGUCUAUAUGAAAUGCUUGAACAAGUCGAUCGAGUUCAAACUCAUCUAAAAUACAUGGACCCAGUUUGUGAUUUACUAUAUCAUAUAAAGUACAUGUUUGUCGGGGAUAUGAUGAAGAACGAAGUGGAAUGUAUUAUACGAAGACUAAGACCUGCUUUGCAAAUGAGGCUACGAUUUAUUGCUCACAUAAAUAUAGACGAAAUUCAGUCUUCCUGAGACGUCCCUAGUACUAGCAAUGCAGAAGUGAAUACAUGAUAAUAUUGAAUACCUCAUUAUUGUACAUAUUGUCUUUAUAAUAAUAUAUUUCUUGCAUACACAGUGUAUGAAGAAUAUGCUGAAACCAACAUUUGAAUUUUAAAUUAUUUCUAUAUUUUCUAUAUUUCAUUUCUAUAUUUCUAUAUAAUAUAAAUAUAUGCAAAAGUACAUUUUUCAUGUAUAAAAACAUAUAAAUAUGUAAAAUGUUGUAUAAGGAAGGAUUUGAUCUUCGUGUUAUAAAGUGAAAAAAGACAUAUAAACAUAAGAUAAAAGUAUUUCAGCAAAGUAUUAUAGACAACAAAUUUAAGUUGCUUUGUCAAAACAGUGUAUUUAUGAUAUUUAUCACAUGUUUUUCACAGCACAUCUGACUAAGCAGUAUUGAUACUUUAAACAGAUUCAUAAAUGUAUAUUGUCGUAGUGGAAGGCAUAAGUUACGAAGCUCAAAGUUUCAUACUUAUUUAUGUAGUAAUUGCUCCUAUUUAUAAACUGACACUACUCUAUGUAUUUUGAUAUUAAUCAUGAUAAAUUUAAUGAAAUAAAUACUAUGAUACCUUAUAAA